AUGAUAACAAACAAUAGUUCUGAAGAAAAGAAGAGUCCAGGCACCAGUGAUGGCAGGCCACAAUGUAUCUUACCAAUGGGCAGCUUGCCCUGUGGCCCAGCCUCCACACAAAACCAGCCAGCUAAUGGAACAACGGCUGAUGACCAAGGAAUGAAUCUGCCCACAGACCAAGAGAUGCAGGAUGUCAUUGACUUUCUCUCAGGAUUUAAUAUGGGUAAAUCCCAGCAGGCCUCACCCUUAGUAAAAAGGAGAAACUCUGUGGCCUCCGCCAAUCCCGCUGAGCUCAAGCCCCCCAGUGGAGCCCCAACAUGUCACUCCAUGUCCCACAUGACUCUCCAAUCUGCCCAGAGUUUGUCUCAGUCUCAACCUCAGGCACCAAUCCAGAAACCGCAACCACAGCCCCAAGCACAGCCUGCCCCUUGUCAAACACCACAGCAGCAGUCGCCUCAGCAGCAAGGCCCUGUGGCUCAGCCGACCUCUCCCCAGGCGCUGCCAUUCUACCAGCACCUCCUGCAGCCCAUCAGCCAACAGCAGCAGCAGCCUGCGUCUCCACAUCCUCCACCACCGGCUCCACCUCAGGUCCUGCCACAACAGAGAGUGGCAAGCAAGUGGCUUGGCACGUCUGGGCAGCAGCCAACAACACAGCCUCCCCCAUCUCUCUCUCCUCUGGGACCCAUUGGGCAGUGGGGCUCCCACGGACUGCCAGACCUCAGCUCAGACCUGUAUAGUCUGGGCCUGGUCAGCACAUAUAUGGACAGUGUGAUGAAUGAGAUGUUGGGUCAAAAGCUUCAAGGGCCCCGCAACAAUACUUGGCCUAACAGAGACCAGGGAGAUGGCUCUUUUGGUGUCUUGGGUGACAAUCUGCCCUUUGAUCCUGCAGUUGGGUCUGACCCUGAGUUUGCACGGUAUGUGGCUGGUGUCAGUCAGGCCAUGCAGCAGAAAAGGCAAGUGCAGCACAUUCGUCGCCCGAGCAACAAUCGCAGUAAUUGGCCUAUGCCAGACGAGCAACAGCACAGGACCUGGUCUCACCCUGAGUACUACAAUGAGGGAGAUACGGUAAAUAGUAGUUGGUCAACCAACCAAGGAGAUUCCGCAAGCUCUAGUGAUGAGACCUCCUCAGCCAAUGGGGACAGUCUGUUCUCAAUGUUUUCUGGCCCUGACCUUGUGGCUGCUGUUAAGCAGAGAAGAAAACACAGCUGUGGAGAACCUGAGGCAUGCACACUGCCCUCAACACCACUUCACCACCUUGGGGAAGAUAACCAGGACAGCAAAACUAAAACCUGGCCUCCCAAAGCUCCCUGGCAACACUCCAACACUCAUACAAACACAAUGCCCAAUCCCAGCUCUUCCUUGUACCAGAUGAACAUCCCGCCUUCAUCACAGUGGAGUGAUUCAAUGCAGAUGCUUCAGUCACCCGUGUGGUCCAAUGCCAGUGAUUGUUCUACUGCCACGGGAAUCUCCUCUGGUUUUUCUUUCACCCAGCAGCAGCAGCAGCAACAACAUCAACAGCAGCAACAACAACAACACAAACACAUGACCAAGGGCUUCAAGACCUUUCCCCUCAAACCAGAGCACAGGCCUUCUUACCUUCACCAGUACUAA